GCGCGAAGUUGAACCCCUUGGUUCGCCGUGAUGGCUUUCGUGCGGACGACCUUUAAUGUGGAGUGCUCGAGCACCGAGCACGGGGAAGAGGUCUUUGUGGUCGGCUCUCACAAGAAGCUGGGAGCUUGGGAUCCCAAGGCGGCUUUAAAGUGCACCACCACCGCGGAGACCUUCCCGCGCUGGAAGUCGGAGGCUGUGCAGUUGGCCAAUGGCAGCAGGAUCGAGUUCAAGGUCCUGGUGCGGAGCGCGAACGCGGCACGCUGGGAGCACACGGGGAACCGCAUCCUGGAGGUGAAGCUGCCUGCGAAGGUGGAGGCGAGCAUGACGGUGUCCUGCACCUGGGAUCAGCCAGGCGUCAAGGAGGAUGAGGAACUUGACUCCUCCCGACGUCCCAGUGGGCAGCUUGACACCUCGAUGGCCAUACAGCGCCGGGGCAGCCGACAUCUGUGCAAAGACCGUCGUGGCCGCGUGAAUGAGGAAAUGACCAGGACGCCGAGCCUUCUCCUCAUCGACUUUGAUCACUUUCAUCAAGCAGCUGCAGAGCAUGUGAAGGAGCUCGAUGCCAUUGAGGAGCGUGCCAAGCUGAACAGGCUUCAGAGGAAGAUGAAGAGUACGCACCUGAUUGAGCGAAUGGCCAAAAUCACCGAGACGGUGGAUCCAUCGAAGAUGGUACUUUUGCAAGGCUUUAACUGGGAGAGCUGGCGAGCAGGCGGCGGCGAUUAUUACAGUGUCGUCGCCAAGAAGGUGGCGAUGAUGUCCGAGAUGGGCUUCACUGACAUCUGGCUCCCGCCAUGCUCGCAGUCUGUCGCUCCACAGGGCUACCUCCCGUCGCAGCUCUUCAACCUGGAGUCCAAGUACGGGGCUCAGGGCUCGCUGGAGGCGCUCCUGGAGAGGUGCCACAAGGCGGGCCUGCGCUGCAUGGCCGACAUCGUGAUCAACCACAGGUGUGGAGACGGGCAGGACAAAGACGGCCGCUGGAAUCAAUUCAGCAGCGGGAUGAAAUCCAGGCCCAGCUUCAAGGGCGUGGGCGACUGGGGCGGCUGGGCGGUGACCUUGGGGGACCAGUACUCCGACGGCAGCGGCAUGCACGCUCCUGGCCACAUGGACGGCCGCUUUGAUGCCGCUCCCGACAUCGACCACCGCAACCCCAAGGUACAGGAGAGCAUCAGCGUGUGGCUGAGAUGGCUGCGCCUACAGGUUGGCUUCGAUGGAUGGCGCUUCGACUUUGCCAAGGGCUACGCCCCCGACUUUGUCGGACACUACUGCACCAAGAGCCACCCCGCUUGGGCUGUGGGGGAGCUCUGGACGGACAUGCACUAUGAUGACCAGGGCCUUUGCUACAACCAGGACAGGCACCGCCAGGCCCUGGUGGAUUGGGUGAACGCCACGUACAAGAAGUCCGCGGCCUUUGACUUCACCACCAAGGGCAUCCUGCAGGAAGCCUGCCAGAAGACCCAGUUCUGGAGGUUGAAGGAUGGCAACGGCAAGCCUCCGGGUCUCAUCGGCUGGCUGCCGCAGUUUGCCGUCACCUUCAUUGACAACCAUGACACAGGCAGCACCCAGCGGCACUGGCCUUUCCCGGACGACAAGGUGCUUAUUGGCUACGCCUACAUUCUGACGCAUCCAGGAAUACCCUCCGUGUUUUGGGACCACAUCAUGGACUGGGGAGACGAUCAUCGGAAGAAGAUCGCCUCUUUGAUGAAGGCUCGUCGUGAAUCAGGCAUUCCCGUGGACGCGCCGGUGAACAUCCAGUGCGCCGACGACACCCUGUACCUGGCGGAGGUGGGCUCCCCCCCGGGCCUGCGGGUGGCGCUGGGCCCGCGCCCGGCCGGGCAGCCGGAUAUGAACUACUGGACCAACGGUCCCGCUGGCCACGGCUACCGCGUCUGGGUGCGGCGGACCACAAUGCCCGGGAAGUACAACUCCCUGGGUCCGACGCCCGAGGCGACGCCCCUGGGCUCGCCGCGGGGGGGGAAGAAGGCCGGGGAGGAGGUGCGCUUGAGCAGCGACGUGGCGCUCACCAUCGAGACGCUGAAGCUGAUGGACAGCAUGCAGCUGGGCAAGCUGCGGGAGCGGCUCCACACGCUGCUCCACGCCACGGAGACCGCCAUGGCGCACAAGGUCAACGGGAGUCGCUGAAAGCUUCGCAGCCAACUCGACUGCUGACAGCUGGGCGUACCCCGACUUUGCUUCAGGGAUUGCAAAGGCCUUUCCCCCCGUCAAUGUGAACAUGGUGCAAAGAAGUCAUUGUCUAAACUUGACUUGACGAGGCUCAGUAAAGCAUAAUGGUCCCAGCCGAAAUGUGGAGGCUUUGCUACGACCGGGGGCCAGUAACACAGUCACACUUUUCCCAUUGCUUCACGCAUUUGCAGCGACUCGUGUCGCUUCAUAUGUUUCAAUCGGGCUGCACUUCUCAUUGUGGGGCUGUUUGUGAGAAGCUCACAAAUCAGCGAACCAUACGGCAUUCGCUGGAGUCGGCCACGCUCGGAAGCGACUUUCGGUUGAGAUGGGCGCUUGCAAUGAUAUUCUUUUGGCAAUGCAUGGCCAAGCUCUGGCAAGAAGCCGAAGGCGAUGCCAGGUUCCGUUUCCGCUCCACUGCAAGGGUGCAUGGCUCAAUUUUUUUUGUGGGGAGCUGGGCAACUGCAUGGCAUGGCAAUCACUUGCAUGAGUAGUCUAUGCCAGCCGCCAUGUUGCCUGCUCCCCACCCGGGUCGCCGGAUGUUUCUAUUUCAAUAUGGCCUUUUCCAAGCCGAAGGGCUUGCAAGCAUGAGCGCGCACGCUGCCAUGCCUGUUGAGAGAAGCUCGCCCAAAUUUUAUGGGCUGACACUGCAUUUACUCGGCCGUUUGGCG